AUGCCUUCUCCUCCAGGGGCCCCGUCAGGGGCCCCUUUAGGGGCCUCUUCAGGGGCUCCCUCCUCUAAGAGCUCCUCUUCCCCUCCUCAGGACCCCCCAGCCAAUGGUUGCCAUGAGGAAGGGGGGCCCCCCAAUGGCAGCGCCGGGGGGUCCUCCCCUUCUCUGUCUACUAGCGAUGGGUCUCGUCGCGACUGCAGUCCUCCUGGGGCCCCCUCAUCUUCUCUUAAUAAUUCUUCUUUGUCAAAGGAGUCUCCCAAAGUUCCCUCUAAGGGCCUCCAAGAGAGAAAAGGGAGAGCAGCAGCAACAGCGGGGGGCCCUAGAGGUGGGGGCCCCCAAGGAGGUUCAUCUAUGGAUGAUUCUGUUAUCCCGAUAAAUUCCCGAGGAUACAGGGGAGGUGCCUCUCUAAGCCACAGGGGCCCCCGUGGCGGCCACCGGGGGGCCCCCCGUGGGGGCCCCUCUCAAGCCCCUGGUUUCCACUAUGCUGCUGCAGAUCGUGAGGUGUACGUACACCUCACAGAUGAUGAUUCAGAUGUUAGCAGCACAGAGGAAGGAGGGGGAAGGAUAAGAUAUGUAGGGCGUAUGUUGGAUAAAAUGCCCAAUUAUUCAGGGUUUUUAAAUCAAUUAACUAAUUUUGUAUUUAUACCCAUCUUUGCUGCUUUAUGUCUUUAUCAGUACUUUGUUGGCAAACUGUCACAGGAGGUGCUUAGCUUCCCCAAGAAGAACUUUGCCCUAAUGGGUUCUCUUGAUGGUGUUUGUGGUAUUAUGGCGGUUGUUGGAGGUGUCCAUACUUCAGGGACGGCACAAGUGGUUUUAUCUCAGCUAGGCAUUCCUGUUAUGCUUCUUCUUUGUCGUUUUAUGCUUGGCAAGAGGUACAAUAUAAUUCAACAUAUAGGUGCAGCAGUAAUAAUAUUUGGGGUUUUAGUUGUUGAGAGUCCCGGCCUAUUGCAUCCAACAAAAGAAGAUAAUAGCGAUUUAUGGCGACGAUUAAUAAAUGGAGGAAAAUGUUUCUUAGGAAAAGAUACAAUUGUACCCCCAGUCUGCGGGCCUACCUUAGGAGUUGCCUGCGACUCUUGUCAGGGGGCAUGGGUUGAAGUUGCGGUGUACAUUCUCUUCAACUUAAUAUACAACGUCUGCUCUAUGCUUGUCCUUAAACACUGCGGGGCAACAGUCUUGUUUCUUAUCAUGACUGUUCGUCUUCCUCUAACUUCUAUGGCCUUCUAUUCAAGGCUCAUUGUGGGAGACAGCGCAGUGCCCGCGAAGGCGACAGAUUUUUUUGGCUUGCUAAUAUUGCUUGUUGGGCUUCUUGCCUUCCGUUUAGGGGGGCACCAGGCAACGAGAGGAGGUGCUGGAGAAGAACAAGAAGAGGGAGAAGGAAGCUUAGACCAGGAUAUUACAGCAACAGCGGAGGUGGUUGCCCAUGUACACAUAAAAGUUCUUGCCAGCGACCCCAGCAUCCGCAACGAUGGUUACUUCCAGUAA